CAACGCCUCAUCCUCGACACCACCUUCUCCAUCCCGCUCAAACUCGUCGUCACCCUUAUAAUCCAGAAUUUCCGAUACCACCCUCUCUCCGCGCUUCUCUCGCUGGUCUUCCAAAUCGCCCAUCGCAUCUAAGUAUUCGCCGCCGGAUCUCCACCUGGACUACUUCUCUCGACCCAGUGCAUCAGCACUUCUCGCCCACAUCACACGACAUUCGCCAUGGACCGGUUAUCUAGAAUGUUAGCGGCCGCACAAGGCAUGGGUGGUGGUGGAGGCGCGCCAGCUCAGGACACCAACAUCAUCGACAAUGCGGAAACAGUCUACAUCUCGUCUCUGGCACUACUGAAGAUGCUGAGGCACGGAAGAGCUGGUGUGCCGAUGGAAGUCAUGGGCUUGAUGCUGGGCGAGUUUGUCGAUGACUAUACGGUACGAGUGGUAGAUGUGUUUGCCAUGCCGCAAUCAGGAACAGGCGUGUCGGUGGAAGCAGUAGAUCCCGUCUUCCAGACUAAGAUGAUGGACAUGCUCAGACAGACGGGGAGACCAGAGACCGUCGUGGGCUGGUACCACUCACAUCCCGGCUUCGGCUGCUGGCUUUCGUCCGUCGAUAUCAACACUCAACAGUCCUUUGAACAGCUCACCCCACGUGCCGUCGCCGUGGUCAUCGAUCCCAUCCAGUCCGUCAAGGGCAAGGUUGUCAUUGACGCCUUCCGCCUCAUCAACCCACAAACGCUCAUGCUUGGUCAAGAACCCCGGCAGACAACUUCCAACUUGGGCCACCUCAACAAGCCCUCUAUUCAAGCUCUCAUUCACGGACUGAAUCGCCACUACUAUUCCAUCGGGAUCGGGUACCGUAAGACUGCUCUCGAAGAAGCCAUGCUCAUGAACCUGCACAAGACGGUCUGGACAGAAGCCCUCACGAUGCCGGACUUUGCAGCAGAGGGUACGCGGAAUGAGGCAAAUCUCCAAAAGCUGGUUUCCCUUGCAGAAGGUUACGAGAAGCGCGUGAAAGAGGAGACUGAACUCACGAAGGAGCAGCUUCGCACGCGAUAUGUGGGAAAGGUGGACCCCAAGAAGCACAUCGAGACUGUCGGUCAAGAGUUGAUCGAGGACAACAUUGUAUCCGUCAGCAGACAGAUGAUCGACAAGGAGGCGAGUGUACCUACAUCUGCUGUUGAUGGCUUGGGCAGCGCGAGGGUCAAUGGCAAGGCAAAUGGUGCUGCUACUCAUGGGAAUGGGCAAGCUGAUGGUGGCAUGGAUGUUGAUGAUGAUCUGUGAGUGUCACACACGUGCGUGACAGACACGACGUGAGACUACUAGAUCGUACGCCGUAUGUACUAUAAGCAUGACGAUGGCGUGAAUAGAGGAAAGUCCUCCAAACAUGGCGUGGCAUAGCUGGCCAGCCUCUACUACAGCAUGAAAUUACCUUACGCUCCAUCUUUGACUUUGUCCAUCCCACCAAGGGAUCUGACUGCUUUGUUCUUCAAAAUUUGAACCAUGUGGAAUCAAGAAAGAAAGAAGUACAGACAUGUAUUCAGGUUUGCAACCAUCAAAUAGGUACUACCUAAGGUACCUACCUUACUUGC